GACAUGCGGGCCUUGGGGGAGUUGCUGAAAGCGGAGCUUCCGGCCCUGUACGAGCACUGCAGCGCGCUCUACCUGAAUUUGGAAAUGAUGGCCGGGCACUGGCUCCUGGUCUAUUUCAUCAACAUCUUUCCUCCCCCGGUGGCCCUGCGCAUCCUGGAGAUUUCCAUGGCUGAAGGCUCGGACGUGACCUUCGCCGUCGCCCUGGCGUUCUUGCGGGGAUUGGAGGCGGAGCUCUUGGCCUGCGACGAUUUGCACGAGCUCUCACAAUUGGUCCGAAUCAGACAGGCAGGCAUGUACGACGCGGAUGCCCUGCUGCACCAAACCCGCGUGCAACUCAGACGCAUGCGUUCCAAUCUGAGAAUUUUGCGCGCCUGGCACUUGGGGGAUUUGAUGAAGCACGAAGACGAGAUGGACCGGGUGCUUUGUCG